AUGUUAGAGAUGUUUGGGAUUUUUGCUGCGGACGAAACGAAAAGAACAUUACGUGAUGUCCAACCAUCACAUUACAUUUCCAAGAUAGAGUCUUUCUCUAUGCUCUUAGAAACAAAAACUGAAAAUUAUGAAUCAAAUGUUUUUGAAGCUAGCGGCUAUAAAUGGAAAUUGUCUUUUUGUCCAAAUGGGAAUCAGAAAAGAAAUGGGAAAGAUCACAUUUCAUUAUACCUGGUAAUAUCGGAUACAGAUAAUCUUCCUUGCGGUUGGGAGGUCAAUGUGAACUUUAAAUUAUUCGUCUUUGAUCAUAUACGUGACAAGUACUUAUCUGUGGAAGAUAUUGAACCAAUGAGGCGCUUCCAUGGGAUGAAGACAGAAUGGGGUUUUGAGAAAUUUCUUUCUCUCGAAAAGUUCCAAAAUCCUUCAAACGGGUACCUCAUCAAUGACACGUGUGUAUUUGGAGCAGAGGUUUUUGUUAUGAAAAAUGCGGGAAUAGGUGAGUGUCUGUCCAUGACAAAGUUACUAAGUGACAAAAUUUACACUUGGAAGGUUGGCAAAUUUUCAGCAUCAGGCCAAGAAUGUCUAUGCUCCGAGGAGUUUGAGAUUGGAGGGCAGGACUGGAAGCUUUCUGUCUAUCCCAAAGGAAAUGGAGAGGCAAAAGCCAAAAGCCUCUCUGUGUAUCUUUUUGUAGUUGAUUCUGAAGAACUAACUCUUAAACCCAGAAUGUAUGCAAAAUACAAGCUGAGAAUAAGGGACCAAGUCAAUGGUAAACACCUCGGAAAGGAAGUUAGUGUCUGGUUCGACGCCAACACAAGGAACUGGGGAUACCCAAGCUUCAUUUCGCUACAUGAUCUCUAUUGCAAAUCAAAGGGAUUUAUAGUGGAAGAUACUAUAAUUAUUGAAGCAGAAAUUUCGAUCUUGUCUGUGACUAAGAACUUCACUUAA